AUGGCUAGCCAGCGAAAGUCGCACGUCUUCCGGGUGACGGGUUUCUCUAGGGAUCGACCUGAUCCAGAUCUCCAGAAAGUAUUACAAGAGACCCUCCAGGACCACUUCACCGACGACGAGAGAACGCAAGUCGAGGCGGAUAUUACGAUUGUACCUUCAUGCUACGAAGCGGAUACACAGAGAGUGGCGCUGGUGCGGUUUCGUGGUGGGAUACCUCAGUUCCUUAGUGAGCUGAGAGUCGACCCUCUCGGCGACUGGCAGGUCGAGAUGGGAGACUGUGACAUCAACUUUGACUGUCACUUCUUCGGCUUUACCCAGCUCUACGCGCCGGACGAACAAGAACCAGUCGUUGCAGAUAUUAUCGCAAUCGCCGGACUGGACGGCCAUGCUUACGGAUCGUGGCAAGGGAGAGGGAAUCUCGGUCGAAUGUGGCUUCGCGAUUUUCUAUCCAAGGAUCUGCCACAAUGUCGCACGAUGAUCUACGGGUACAACUCCAAGCUGUCGAGCCACGGGGUGGACACGAUCCUCGACUACGGGCGGGAGCUGAUGGAGGAGAUCAAGAAGAUUCGGAAUACGAAGGAGAUCCAGCAACGACCACUUUUCUUUAUUGCACAUAGUUUUGGAGGGAUUAUUCUAGCCCAUGUAGUGAGAGCCAUCCAGACGAUGGAAGAAGACCACCCGGCGAUCACUUCGCUUCAUCGGGCCACAUACGGCUUGAUCCUCUUUGCGAUCCCGCACAAAGGUCUCAUCGUGAAUGAUAUGCAGCAGAUGCUGUCAGGUGGAAAUCAUCUACGACAGCACUUACUGCAGCAGAUCUCCAGCAAAUCCGAUCUGCUGGUCCACCAGCUGGCCGAAUUCAAGAAUCUGAUCCGGGACCGCAAGGUGGUCAGCUUCUAUGAGACCGAACAGACUAGGCAGUUGGAUCGUAACGGCCGACAAUGGAGACGAGCGGGAGACUUUAUCACGACGGUUGACGCCGACUCGGCUCUGCUCCAGCUUCCCGACCAUGUGGAGGACAAGGUACCGCUGCACGCAGAUCACUCGAUGAUUGUCAAAUUCGACUCGCGGAGCGCGCCUGAAUAUCGUACGGCGCUCGAUAAACUGCAACAGUUCGCAAGAGACGCGCCGCAGGUGGUGGCGGCUCGGUUUAAGCGACCAGAAACUCCGCUCAGCCCGUUAUCAACUGUCCCGUUCACGCGCGAUCCAGACUUUGUCCGAUCUGAAUCGCCGGCGACAUGGGUUUUUUGGGUCCACGCAAGUAACGCAGCCCGGUUCGAGCAAAGUUUCCGAGACAUAGCCGACCGGGUUAAAAUCUCGGGGCGCCAGGAUCCGCAUGCUAAUAUAUUCGGACUGGUCGAAAACUGGCUCCAUGAUAAGAAGAGAGAAAGGUGGGUUCUCGUUCUUGAUAAUGUCGAUGAUCAUGAGUUCCUUCGUAAGUCUCCGGCGACAGGCCUAGGAGAUCCGAACAGUCUAAUGAACGCCUCCACGAAGCCACUGUUGGAAUACCUCCCUAGAAGCUUGAAUGGAUCUGUCAUUAUCACGAGUCGGACUCGAGAGGUUGCAUUAAAGAUGGUCGAUGACAAGGAUAUUAUUGAGGUUAAACCUAUGGAAAGGUCCGAGGCGCUAGAGCUUCUCCAAAGAAAGCUUGAACAACCAGGGGAAAGCCAAGAGAGUCGCGAUUUAGUGGAAGAGCUCGAGCUUAUGCCACUGGCGAUCGUACAGGCAGCAAGCUAUAUUAGGAAUCGAGCCCCUCGUUGUUCCGUAUCGCAGUAUCUGAGACACUUCCAAAAGAAUGACUGUAAAGCAACAAAGCUCUUGGAAACCGAGCCGGGUAACCUCUACCGGGACUUGGAGGCAAAGAACUCAAUUUUGUUGACGUGGCAAAAAUCGUUCGAUCAUAUUCGCCAAACAGAACCGUCGGCGGCGGAUUUACUUUCUCUCAUGAGCUUUUUCGAUCGGCAAGGGAUUCCAGAGAAACUUCUCCGAGUUCAACCUGAGAACAGCCAUAUAUUAAGUUCGGAUCUUUUGAACGACUGCAGUAGUGAUGAUGGGGAGGUAUCUGAAUCUGAUACGGUCGACAAUUUUGAAAAUGAUAUUGCAAUACUCAGGAAUUUUUCAUUCAUCUCUGUUGGCAAGAACAGCGUCUUCACGAUGCACCGGCUAGUGCAACUGACUACACGUGAAUGGCUAAAGACUCAUAAUCAAAUGGAGCAAUGGAAGGAGAGGUUUAUUAGUAACCUCUAUUACAUGUUUCCGAUAGGUGACUAUGAAAACUGGGAAAUAUGCCGACUGCUCUUCCCUCAUGUUAAAUUAGCGAUAUCGCAACGCCCAAAAUCACAGGAAUCUCUACGGAAUUGGGCUACGCUACUUUAUAAUGGCGCAUCGUAUGCGUUGACUAGCGGUAACGUCGCGGAUGGGAGGGAUAUGGCGUCAAAAUCAAUGAAGCAGAGGGUUAGUGUACUAGGUGGAGAAGACAGAGGCGCUCUUGAAAGCACCGAAAUGUUAGCGGUAAUUUGCAUGUUUGAAGGGGACUGGAAGGUAGCCGAGAAACUCCUUAUGCAGGCGAUGGAGACUUGCAAGACGAAGCUUGGCGAGGAUCAUCGCGAGACGUUGACCGUCAUGGCCAUCCUGGCGGGGACAUUUGGUGCCCAGGGACGGUUGGAGGAGGCCGAGAAGAUACAGUUGCAAUUGAUGGAGAUUCAGAAGAGGGAGCUCGCCGAGGACUAUCCUAACAUGCUGCCGAGUAUUGCCACCCUGGAAACGAUAUUUGGUAACCAGGGCCGGUUGACUGAGGCCAAGAGGCUCCUAAUGCAGGUGAUAGAGAUUCAGAAGAGGAAGCUCGGCGUGGACCAUCCCAUCACCCUCAUGAGUAUGACCAGCCUGGCGUUGGCGUACCAGAGCCAGGGCCGGUUGGAGGAGGCUGAGAGGCUCCUAAUGCAGGUGAUAGAGAUUCAGAAGAGGAAGCUCGGCGUGGACCAUCCCAUCACCCUCACUAGUAUGGCCAGCCUGGCGUUGGCGUACCAGAACCAGGGCCGGUUGGAGGAGGCUGAGAAGCUCGAGGUGCAGGUGAUGGAGACUCGGAAGACGAAGCUUGGCAAGGACCAUCCCAACACCCUCACUAGUAUGGCCAACCUGGCAUCGACGUACCAGAACCAAGGCCGGUUGGAGGAGGCCGAGAAGCUCGAGGUGCAGGUGAUGGAGACUCGGAAGACGAAGCUUGGCAAGGACCAUCCCGACACGCUGACAAGUAUGGCCAACCUGGCAUCGACGUACCAGAACCAAGGCCGGCUGGAGGAGGCCGAGAAGCUCCUAGUCCAGGUGAUUGAGACUCGCAAGACAAAGCUCGGUGACGACCAUCCUGACACGUUGACGAGUAUGUCCGGCCUGGCGAUCACGUUAUGGAACCAAGGCUGGUUGGAGGAGGCCGAGAAGCUCCUAGUCCAGGUGAUGGAGACUCGCAAGACCAAGCUCGGCGAGGACCACCCUGAUACGCUGAGGAGUAUGGCCAAUCUUGCUUUCAUGGAACUCUUCAGAACUGUGGCACGGAUAUUCCCGAAUGGAAAUUACGCCAGCUGGGCACAAAUUCAGACACUCCUUGCGCAUGCCAAAAGUGUGCUGGCGCCUAUCCCUGACAUCGGUGAUGAAGAUCGAUUGAAUAUAGCCAAACUCUUAUCUCAUUAUGGAUGGUAUCUCGAUCAUCAGGGAGUUUAUAAUCAGGUGGAAGUGAUGUAUCGACGGGCAUUAGAGGCACGAGAGAAGGUGCUUGGACUGAACCAUCCCAACACCCUCACCAGUGUCAAUAACUUGGGCAAUGUACUCUUCCGUCAAGGGAAAUAUGACCAGCCCUUGUAUCCUAUCUAA